AUGGGACGGAAGAACAGCCAAAUCAAUAGUAUCGACCGAGUCGAUACAUACCAUUUAAAAGAUUACAUCUCCUAUUUCUUUACAUUUUUCCUUACAUCUCCUAUUUCUACUACCCAAUUUCAUUCUUCUGAAAAAGAAAAAUCAAUUCUUAAAAUGACUCCAGUCAGUUAUCCCGUUUUAAGGGUGCUUCUCACCCAUAUGACAUAUCACACAAGAGAACAACUUGCACGAAAAAUUUCGUUUAUCAGAAAAGUGAAUGAGAAGAUUCCAUGUAUUCUGAAAAUGGUUCAGUUGAGGGACGAUUAUGCAACAAACACAAUCAGUCUUUGGAUCGAUGGACAAAUGAUUCGAUUUGAAAGCGCUGCAGAAAAUCGUGUGGCUGUUUUUAUAGAAGGAAGACGGAAAUUCCUAAACGUUCCAAGAGAUGUGAUUGGUCGAUGUGUUGAGGCAUAUCUCAAUCAUAAAAAUAUCUCUAUAAUUCAGCUGACGAUCAGGAAUGCAUCCUGGCCAUCCAGCACGUUCUUCCCAAAGAAAGUGGCUUCUCUAAAAUUGAUAGUGAAUAGGGACAUCAGCGAUUCUUUGAGGAAUUUCAAAAAUAUGACAUUUCCAAAUGUAAUCGUGGAUAACUAUUGCAAACAAGCACCCAUUCUAGCGCUUCCCAUGGUGCACAUGGCAGACCAGUUGACCAUAAAAUCUCAAGAAUUGGAUUCCUUAGACUUGAUUGAAAUGCCACUGAACCCAAAAUCAAAGAUUCAAAUUCAUCAGACUAUCGGAUGGAAUGAAACUUUCACACAAUUCUGUGAAAAACUGUUGGAAUGGGAGGAAGUUGAUGUGGGAUUGUGUUUUACUGCCUCUGCACCUCCACGAUCAAAUUUCCGUUUGAAUCGAUUGUUGGCUCAAAUUGAUGAUACAAUAAGAGAAACAAGAAAAACAAUGUGGAAUGGAAGAAAGAGUUGGACUUUGGGUUUGAGAAAUAACAAGGAAUUAGUCAUUUUCCAUAGAAAGACUGGAAGCAUCCUUCAACCGAAGCACCAUAUGACUGCGAUAAUUCUGGAGAAAGGAGCAUCAACGGACAGGGAUCCAAGAGCUCGUCGGACAUUUUCAAACAGCUUCAACCAAUUGAAAAUAAGAUGA